ACCUUAUACACAUCCACACUCGCUGAUAUUACGCAUUCAGACCUGAUCCGCUGCCCGGGCUCCAGCGCAGCGCACAGGCUAUGGAACGGGACACAUCUCCUCUCCUUGGCUCCUACGAGCAGCAUGCGAGACGGGGACCGACAUGACAGCAAACAACCGAGGGACCAAAGGCGCUCCUCCCCCGGUGCGGCGGCGGCUCUGCGCGCUGCCGAGGCCGGGAGCGGGAGUCCGGCUGCUCCGGUACGCCGCGCUGGUGGCGGUGUGCGCGCUCUGCUACAGUAACUCUCUCUGGGGCGAGUUCGUGCAUGAUGAUAUAUGGGCCAUCACCAAUAAUCCAGAUGUCAGACCGGGCUCCAGCCUCCGGAGCAUCUUCACCAAUGACUUUUGGGGCAAACGGAUGGCUGAUAACACCAGCCACAAAUCCUACCGUCCGCUCUGCAUCCUCACUUUCAAGUUGAACAUUUUGCUGGGCGGCUUGACUCCGUUCUUCUUCCACCUGGUGAAUGUGUUCCUGCACUGCGUGGUGACAGCGCUGCUCAUGUACACCUGCCAGCAGUGUGUGUUCGAGGACAGCAACUUCUCCUUCCUCACCGCACUGCUGUUCUCUGUGCACCCCAUUCACACUGAAGCUGUGUCUGGGAUUGUCGGGAGAGCAGAUGUUUUAGCCAGCAUGCUGUUCCUCCUGGCCUUUCUCUCCUAUAUUAGGAGUGUGUCACCUAUCAGGUGUGCGGAUGAGUUUCCUCCUACAGUGUGUUUGUGGUCUCUGGCUCUCAGUCUGUUGUUGGGCACCUGUGCCAUGCUGGUGAAGGAGACAGGGGUGACGGUGUUUGGUGUGUGCGUCCUCUAUGAUUUCCUGGUGCUCUGCCGCAAGCCGCUCAUCUUGCACCUGUCCCGCUCCAGGCUGAAGGAGCUCGGCAGAAUUUCCUCUCCGUUCGUCAAACGUGCUUGUGUCGUCUCGUUGCAUGUCACAGUCAUCAUGUCUGUCCGCUUAUGGUUGAUGGGUGGAUCCAUGCCGAUGUUCUCUGAGCAAGACAAUCCUGCAUCCUUCUCUCCAUAUCUUCUCACCAGGUUUCUUACAUACUGCUAUCUGCUCGCUUUCAACGCCUGGCUCCUGCUGGCUCCCUUAAUGCUCUGCUACGACUGGCAGGUGGGCAGCAUUCCUUUAGUGGAGUCUCUGUGGGACGGACGCAAUAUUGCCUCGCUGACUUUGGCUCUUGUCAUGCUGGCAUUGAGCCUGAACUGUGUUACAUGCCUACAGAAGAUGAAAGGGAAGGAGGUGUUGGUGGGCCUGCUGUUCCUGGUCUUUCCCUUCAUCCCAGCCAGUAAUCUGUUCUUCCGUGUGGGAUUUGUGGUGGCGGAAAGAGUUCUCUACAUGCCCAGUAUGGGCUACUGUAUUCUGGUGGUCCACGGGCUGAACAGACUGUAUUCGGUGGUCAGUCGGUGGGGAGCAGCUGCUCUGACCGUGUCCAUGCUGGUUGUCCUCCUCCUUUUUUCCUGGAAAACCGUCCAACAGAAUGAGAUCUGGCUCUCCAGAGAAGCCCUGUUCAGGUCUGGCAUUCAGACGUUACCUCACAAUGCUAAAGUUCAUUACAACUAUGCCAAUUUCCUGAAGGACAGAGGGAGAAACCAAGAAGCCAUUUACCACUAUAAAACAGCCCUCAGGCUGUACCCUCGCCAUGCCAGUGCUCUGAAUAAUCUCGGCACAUUGACUCACCAGGCGGAGGAGGCUGAGGUUUAUUACAGGAGAGCGCUGGACAUUAACCCUCAACACAACAGAGCCCUCUUCAACCUGGGAAACCUCCUCAAGUCUCAGGGAAAAGAGGAAGAGGCGGAGCGGAUGCUGAAAGAAUCGAUUCGGUUUGGUCCUCAUUUCGCAGAUGCGUACUCCAGUCUCGCCUCUCUAUAUGCUGACCAGGGACACUCAAAAGAAGCAAAUGAGAUUUAUACCAAGGGUAUUGAGAACUGUCCUGACAGUUCUGACCUCCAUAACAACUAUGGCGUGUUCCUGGUGGACACGGGUCGUGGGGAUCGUGCAGCCUUUCAUUACCAGGAAGCUGUGCGUCUCAAGCCAGCUCAUUAUGUCGCCAUGGUGAACCUGGGCCGUCUUCUUCGCUCAUCCAAUGAUAAUAAAGAGGCGGAGCUGUGGUACAAAAGGGCCCUCCAAGUGGUCCGUAAAGUGGAUAUCCUGACUCCUCUGGGUGCUUUAUACUACAACACAGGGAGAUAUGAGGAGGCUCUGGAGGUUUAUAAAGAGGCGUCCACACUGCAGCCUGACAGCACAGAUAUCUGGCUCGCCCUGGCGCAGGUUUUAGCCAUGGCAGGGCGCUCUACGGAGGCAGAGAAAAUGACCCUGGGCAUCAUUUCAAAGACCAGCAACUGCAUUGAAUGUUACCGCUUGUUGUCUGCCAUCUACAGCAAACAAGGCAACCACACUGAGGCUCUGGAUGCAUUGAAGACGGCACUGCAGCAGGAAUCUUCAGAGCCCGCGGUGAGGGCAGAGCUGCACUUCUCAAUGGGAAACCAGCUUCGAGAAAUGAACGAGCUGGAUCGAGCCUUCCAGAGCUACAAGCUUGCUGUGGAGCUCAAACCCGAGCAGUCGCAAGCCUGGAUGAAUAUGGGUGGCAUUCAGCAUAUCAAGGGAGACUAUGCAGCAGCACGAAUGUACUACCAAAGAGCUCUUCUCCUCUCCCCCGACUCCAAACUGCUGAAGGAGAAUCUGGCCAAGCUGGACAGACUAGAGAAAAAGCUGCAAGGGGCCUAGAAGAACAUCGUGACCUGAACCAUCAGCCAAACGAGGGAGGACAAGAGCGGCAGAAGAGCCCAAAUAAGACUCAGGAGAUGAUUAAUGACUGCUUCCUUCCCCUUAACGCUUUACACAGGGGGCUUUAGGAUACAGCUCCUCCAAAAAAGAUUCUUUUUAAGCCUCUACAUCCAGGGCUGGACAUGCAGAUACCACUGACCUCCCCACAUGAAAAUGUACUGUAGUAACUUAUAGUAAAUCUAAUAGUGUUUUUAAACCAUACUAGAGUAAAGCACUUGAAUUAAUGGAUUGGCUUCAUGUGGUGAUUCUGUAGUUGCUAUGGUAACACCACAAAUAAGGGGAUUUUUUAGUUGCUAUGGUAACAACAACUGUAGUAAUGUAAACAUGUGAUUCUGUAGUUGCUAUGGUAACACAACAGCUAUAACAGUAUAAUUAAAUGAACUGUGAUUCUAUAGUUGCUAUGGUAACACCACAACUGUAGUAAUGUAAACAAAUGUAAUGGUUCUAAAGCUGCUAUGAUAACCCAUUUUCCUAUGGAAAAACAACAGCGAUAGUAAGGUAAACAAAAAUGGUGAUUCUGUAGUUGCUAUGGUAACACGACAACUUCAGUAAUAUAAACAAAUGCAUAUCAGCAUAGUAAUAUAACAACUGUGGCAAUUCUUUAGUUGCUAUGGUAACACAACCACUAUAAUAAUAAAAAAUAUGAUUCUAUAGUUGCUACGGUAACACAACAACUAUAGUAAUGUAAACACGUGAUUCUGUAGUUGCUAUGGUAACACCAUCAGUAUUGUAAUAUAACAAAUGUGGCAAUUCUUUAGUUGUUAUGGUAACACAACCACUCUAAUAUUAUAAAAAAUGUGGUGAUUCUAUAGUUGCUACGAUAACACAACAACUAUGGUAAUGUAAACUCGUGAUUCUGUAGUUGCUAUUGUAAAACGACAGGUAUGGUAAUAUAAAAAAUGUGGUGAUUCUAUAGUUACUAUGGUAACAAGCACUAUAGUAAUAUAAACGAAUGUGGUGAUUCUUUAGUUGCUAUGGUAAUACAACAACUAUAGUAAUGUAAACAAAUGAGGUAAUUCUAUAGUUGUUAUAGUAACACAACUGCAGUAGUAAUAUAAACAAAUGUGAUUCCGUAGUUGCUAUGGUAACACAACCGCUGUAGUAAUAUAAACAAAUGUGGCGAUUCUAUAGUUGCUAUAGUGACACAACCACUGUAGUAUUAUAAACAAAUGUGCUGAUUCUAUAGUUGUUAUGACAACACAACAGCUGUAGUAAUAUAAACAAAUGUGGUGAUUCUGUAGCUGCUAUGGUAACAAAACAGCUGUAGUAAUAUAAACAAAUGAAGUGAUUCUAUAGUUGUUAUAGUAGCACAACCGUGGUAGUAAUAUAAACAAAUGUGAUGCUAUAGCUGCUAUGGUAACACAACAACUAUAGUAAUGUAAACACGUGAUUCUGUAGUUGCUAUGGUAACACAACAACUAUAGUAAUGUAAACAGGUGAUUCUGUAGUUGCUAUUGUAAAACGACAACCACAGUAAUAUAAACAAAUGUGAUUCCAUAGUUGCUAUGGUAACACAACAACUAUGUUAAUGUAAACAAAUGUCCCAAUACUGUAGUUUUCUCCAACUAUAGGGUAUUUCAUAGUACAAUACACCACAGAUUACUGUAGUUACAUUUUAUCAGUUCACUAUUUAGUUAAUAAUACAGUAUACUGGAGCAUUCAUUAAAGAGUAGUAGAUACUAUAAUAUAAACAGUAUAAUACACUUUACUAAAGUGUGGUUCAUAGACACUAUAGUAUUUACUAUAAAUACUAUAGUAUUUUCUUCAUGUGGGACAGCAGCAUAUUUCACAAGUUCUCGCCAUUUUUCCUGUCUGUUCUUGUAUUAAUUCGGGAUGUUCCAUCUCUGAGAGGGAUUUUUUUGAGAUGUGGGGUCGUUCCACUCGACCGCUGCGACUCUACGUUCUGCUUCAGUGAUUGCAAAGCCUCUGAAGCGUUUUGGAUAAAUACUGCGAGUAGUUAUGAAAUAUGACUGGGCAUCUACUGUGUUCCAUGAACACGGCAGAUUUUACAUAAGAAGUAAUUUUAAAUGAAGGAAAAAAAGACAGGGUUUUCCAUCGUGUGCUUUAAUUUGAUUGUUUAUCAUGCGUCAAUGUUGUGGAAUGUAUCUUGGACUAAAGGCGUAUUGACCUGUGCAGUGAAUUACAUAUCAUAUUUUCCUCCUCAAUAAGCUAUAAUGCUGAAGUCUGUUUAAAUUUCAAUCAGGGCUUGAUGUUAAUAUUUUUAACCUCUGGUUUUUUAAGGUUCCUAGUGGCCAAUUACUUUUUUAUAUAUUAAAGCUGGCUAUUGCAUGCUACA